AUGUUCGCGACCAAGCGCCUAAGCAAGAUGCAAGACCAUGUUCCACCCGGGAUUGCAAUCGUGAAAUGUGACAAUCUGGAAGAGUGGCAGAUGGACAUCAAGGUCCUUGAUCAAAACCCGCUCUAUCUGGAUCAGACUUAUCGUCUGAAGUUCACCUUCAGCAACAAGUACCCCAUUGAACCUCCCGAAGUCCAAUUCAUCCAAUGCCCUGACUCAACCGGCACCCCCCGUUCGAUCCCGAUCCACCCCCACAUAUACAGCAACGGCAUCAUCUGCCUUGACCUGCUAGGCACGUCCGGCUGGUCCCCCGUGCAGAAUGUCGAGAGCAUUUGCAUGAGUCUGCAGAGCAUGCUGACCGCCAAUACCCGUGACGAACGGCCAGCCGGUGACAAGGAAUUCGUCGCCACCAACCGCCGUCGCAUCCGUGACAUCAACUUCGUCUAUGAAGAUGACAAUGUAUAA